GAUGAAGAAAUCUCAGGAAUAAGUGAUAGUGAUGACGAGCAAGGGAACGUCUCUUAUGAUGAAGGGGCAGAGGAAGAACGUGAUGAAGAUGAAGUGGAUAGUGAAGAAGAAUUUGCUCAAGAAAGUGCGGCAGAUAAACGUCGUCGUUUGGCUAAACAAUAUUUGGAAAAUUUAAAACAAGAAACUGAAGAUUAUGAUUUUGAUGCUCAAGAUUUAGAUAAUGAUAUUAUUGCUAAAAGAUUGAAAGAAGAUGUUGCAGAAACGAAAGGUCAUGUUUAUAGGUACAUUGCUGACAACUUAUUACUCUCAGAUAUAAAACCAACAAUCACUAGAGUUGGUUCAAAAGCAUUAACUUCAUUAGCAGUACGAUUCCCAUAUGCUUAUACAGUUUCAAAAGACAUGGAACUGAUCAAAUGGGAUAUCAGAGAUUUCAAAAAGAAACCACAAAGAGUAAGACAUACAAGAGGAGGUAAAAAAUUCAUAGAAGUUUCAAAUGAACCAAAAGAUAACGGUCAUUGUGAUGAAAUUUUAACAGUUGCAGUUAGUCCAAAUGGUAAAUUUGUUGUCACUGGUGGUAGAGAUAAAAGAUUGUUAGUUUGGAGUUCAGAAUCAUUAGCUCCAUUGAGAGUAUUGGAGACUCGUGAUCGUCGCGGUGAAGUUCUUGGAUUAGUUUUCCGUAGAGGUUCUGAUCAACUAUAUGCAUCAUGUGCGGAUUUGAAAGUGAGAACAUAUAGUAUAAAUCAAUUUGCACAAUUAGAAAUUUUGUAUGGUCAUCAAGAUCAUGUUGUUGAUAUUGCUGCUCUAGGUCAAGAACGUUGUGUCACUGUUGGUUCAAGAGAUCGUACUGCAAUGUUAUGGAAAAUUGCUGAUGAAACCAGAUUGACUUUUAGAGGUGGUGAGUUUGAAAAAAAGAAAAAGAAAAGAAAAGAUGUUGAUGAUGAAAUGGAUGUUGAUGAAGAGAAAUUUUUUGCAGAAGGAAGUAUUGAUUGUGUUUCCAUGCUCGAUGAUUCACAUUUCGUUACAGGAUCAGAUAAUGGAAGUAUAUCAUUAUGGUCCUUAGCUAAAAAGAAACCUUUGUUUAUACAGCAUUUGGCACAUGGAUUAGUUCCUGAGUUCCCAUCUGAAAAAGCAUCAGCAGAGAAAGAUGAUCAAACAAGAAAUUUACAAGUUCCAGAAGCUCAACCAUACUGGAUCACAGCUAUCCAUGCAAUUCCAUAUUCAAAUAUUUUCAUUUCAGGUUCAUGGAAUGGAUCUUUGAAGCUGUGGAAAUUUGAAGAUAAUUUGAGAUCAUUCACAUUAUUGGGAGAAUUAGGAAAUGCAAGAGGUGUCGUUACAAGAAUAGAUGUUGCUGAAUCUGGUGCUAAUAAUAAAGAAAGCUUCAGAAUCAUGGCCACAUUAUCAAAAGAGCAUAGAUUAGGUCGUUGGAUUGAAGCAGGUGCUGGUGCUCGUAAUAGUAUAUACUCUGUUGUUAUCGACCAA